CCGGCUGCAAAGUUGUGAGCAAAUAACGUUAUGGCUUGCAUCUUAUAUGCGAAAUGACGGAAAUGGAGAUUAACAUUUCUUUAAAACCAUUUAAAGCUGACCUUAGAUGAGCACUAGUGAAGACCAGAGUACCUGUCUAUCUAGGCCAUGUCUCACAGCACAUACAAUAAACUCUGGCGUGACGCCCAGGAGGGGCUGAGCAGCCUGUUAAGCGAGGAGGUGCCGCCGGAGUCGUCACGGCCGGAGAGAGACCGAGUAGUGUUCUUCCAGCGCCUCGCCUCACUCUACGUGCGCUACACGCAGAUCUUUAGACGGCUGGAGGAGGCCUACGACCAGAUCGCUCAUCCACAGAAGAGGAGGCUGAUUCGAGGAUUGCUGGAUGCCACCAUGGGACGCGUGCUGGAACUCAAGAACGAGAUGGUGGAGAAGGAAUUCUCGGAAUUCCACUAUAUGGAUGAUGUCAUUCUCGAUUUGAAAUUGACCCCUGAGGACCUAGAAAUUCCAAUUCCAAGGUAUUUCCUCAGUGAGCAAAGCAAAGUUCAGCGAGAUCGACAGCAGAUGCUCUCCAGAAUACUGGAUCUAAUGGCAACAGCGGAGAAACCCAAACCUGCUGAUGAAGGCCGUGCUCUAAGCCUGGAGGAGGCCGUUAAAAUGAUUCAGGUGACGGAGAGAGCACGGCAGGGUCGCCUGAGGGCAAAGUUCAUGCGAGAGAUCCAGAGAGAUGAGGAGAGGCAGAAGAGGGCCAAGCACCAAGACCUCAGUGUGGCCAACACUGACCAGGCUGCAGUCCGAAUCCAGAAGGUAUGGAAGGGUUUUAUUCAAAGGAAAAAAACUAAGCAGGAGCGGGAGGAGGAGAUGAUUUUUCUGGGCAUGGCCAUGGAGCCCGGCCUAUCCCAGCCUUGCCCGGCUGCAGUACUGGCUGAAGCCAACAAGGCUCGCAGAAGAGCCAGGCAGGAGGAGCAUGAGGAGGACUUCCAGAAAGCCCUGGUGUUCAUCACCAGCAGCCUCCGAGAGACGGAGGGCCCAGACAUGAGAGAGACCAUGAAGGACCAGAUACGACAGUGGUUCAUCGAAUGCCAUGAUGCAACAGGUUCCUUUCCUGACUACCCUGAAGAGGAAGAUGGUGGCUCUGCCCUCAUUUUUGCUGCUAAAACACCUCAGCAGCUGAUGGAAGAGCUAAAAGCUGAGGAAGAAGAGGAAGCCAACAAAAAGACAGGAGGGAAAGAACAGACAAAAGACAAAAGGAAAGGACAAGAAGCAGAGGAGGAUGAAGAACCGGGCCUGAAGAUGCUCUCAUCUGCUUUCCUGUCAGACCUGCAGAGCGGACACAAAACAUUUGUAGAAGUUUGGAAAAACAGAGAUGAAUCCAAGAACUUCAGCCAGAGACACGAAGCGGAGCUCAUCAAAGAGGAGAAGAGGAAAGAGAUUGAGACAGAAAUAAGACUUCAGGUGGACGAGCUGAUGAGACAGGAGCUUGCUAACUGGAAGCUGGCUGUGGACAGAGACAAAGGCAGGAAGGCUAAACCCUCCGGGAAGAAAAAGAAAGGGUCAAAGAGUGAAAAGAAGAAAAAGAAAGAGAAAGACCUCACAGCUGAUAGGACCAUUGAAUCUCUGUAUCAAGAGCUGGUAGAACAAGGGCUGCUCAAACCAGCAGAGAAUGUAAAACUCCAGGACUACAUAGGGGACUAUAACUACCUUGGCACUACUCUUCGGCAGAUGGACAUAGAGCCCAUGCCUUCAUUAUCCGAUGUGCGGCAGCUAAUUCCUCUUUAUGCCAUUUUACCAUUAGGUUCCCAGGUGCUCCGCGAGAAAGCUCCACUGGUGAAGGCUUUGCUGCUGGUGGGCCCUUCCGGAGUGGGGAAGAAGAUGCUUGUCCAUGCUAUCUGUCAGGAGACAGGAGCAAACCUAUUUGACCUUUCCCCUCUGAACCUGGUGGGAAAGUACCCAGGAAGGACUGGUUUGCAGAUGAUGCUGCACAUGGUCUUUAAGGUUGCCAGACUACUGCAGCCCUCUGUGGUGUGGAUUGGAGAUGCUGAGAAAAUGUUUUAUAAGAAAGUACCAAAGGAGGAAAAAGAGUUAGAUCCAAAGCGACUAAAGAAAGAUUUGCCCAAGGUCCUUAAAUCUAUCAAAGGAGAAGACCGUAUUCUAAUAAUUGGAACAACAAACAGUCCCCUCAAUGCAGAUCUAAAAUCACUGUGUAAGGUUUACACUAAGAUCAUCCUCAUACCAAGACCAGACUACGGGACAAGAUACGUCAUGUGGAAGGAGCUGAUCAAGCAGAAUGGCGGCAUGGUGACCAGCGCCCUGGACCUCAGCUCCCUGGGCAAGGUCUCAGAUGGUUACACACCUGGCCAGAUGGUGCGGGUGGUGCGCAAAGUCCUGACAGAACACCGCCUGCAGCGGCUCACCAAGUGCCCUCUGCUGGCAGUUGAGUUCGUCUCUCACCUUGCCAAGAUCGACCCGAUCUUCCAGGAAGAGGAAGAGGCCCUCAAAGCCUGGUAUGCUAAAACUCCACUUGGUAAGAAGAGAGUAAAGAUGGCCUUGGGGAGGGAGGGAGAGGUUGAUGUCCCCGAGAAAGGAAGCAAGGAUGCCAAGAAGAAAGGAAAAAAGUAACUGAAGAGCAACGUAGGACCAUCUGGACACACGACCACAUGCCUCUGCUCCUCCAAACAUAUCUCCACUUUGUUUUUUAGUGGGUUUAACACUUAAAACUUUUCAGAAGUUUCAGAGCUUUAUAUUUGAGGUUGUUUAUAUAUUACCACAGAGUCACCCAAGAUAUGCCAACUUGUCCAGAUUUGCUAAGAGUAGGUGAUAUAGUCAUACAUGCAUCUGGUAGCUCUGCUAAUAAAUGUACCUCAUAAUUAAAGGAGUGAUGAAUAUGUGUUAUACAGGGGUAAACCUAUUCCAUUCAGGGCCAUAUCAGGGCCAUAUCAGGGCCAUAUCCCAGCUUUGGGGGUCAUAAUGUCACACGCCUGAGAGUUCCACAAAACAGUGCCAUUCACUCAUCUCUACUAAUUCCUCCAUUACGCGAUUUUUCAAAUAUUAUCUCUAUUGAAAAUGUGAGAGACCCCACACUUAACAUCUGAUUUCACAGACUUUACAGUCGUUUCUGUUUUUUCAGUAAUUUUAUCUUAACACACAGAACCUAAGAUAUCAUAGGAUAUUUCAAGAACUAAACUGAGUUUGGACCAAAACAAAGAUAUCAAUGGUGAGGCAAUCAGUCCCCUACUUGUAGCAAAAAAUAAAGGAAAUGGAGAUGGGUGAAGCUAGGACCGCAAAGACCUUUAUUAGGACUGAUGAUACAAAAACACCACAUUGCAAUUAUACUGCGACACAACUAUCACAUAAGCAAAACAAAAGAACAAACAACAUUUUUGAAAGCUUUGCAUUUAUUAUUGACACUGCUGCAUUUUCAAAUGUGCACUAAAAUUAUAUGAAUGGAAGUGAAAGCUUUAUGAAAAUGUAUCAGUGUAUUAAAUGUAACAUGCAUAUUUGGCAUAAUCCUAAAUGCCAGUGGAAUUCUCCUGUGGGGAAUCCAAACCCAGUGGUUGCUAGCUGGGGCCAUACAUAGAGGUGAAAAGACAGCUUGUGCCUCAGGACAGUGACAAGGUCACUCCCAGGGAUUUUGCAGCUUUGCUGAAACUGAGAUGCCCCCAGCCUGGGGUUUAAGAGAUUAUCUCAGACCAAGUACAAAUGGACAGGGACUUUUAUCAUAGCUCUGCAAUAGUGACAUGGUAAACAUGCAUUUUUAUGGCAUAAUGGAGGACAAAUGGACAGGGACUUUUAUUAUAGCUCUGCAAUAGUGACAUGGCAUGACAGAGAGGACGUGGACUUUCUUUGUUUCACUGAUGACUAAAGCGCUUAAUAACAUUUCAAGUUUCAUUUGUUUUGGUGCCAAGACAGCAGGCUGCGCACAGACACUGUCGGUUUGAUGUGGUCAAGUUACUCACAUCCCCCUUUGUUUUGACUCACAUACCGCUGGUGUCACGGACAAUGCAGUUCAGACUGGCACAAACACUUAUAUUUAGAGUGGUUGUGCAACAGCGCCGACAAACUAUUCAGAUGGUCUGCGUGCAGAGUGAGGGGUAGGCCAGCCAAUCACCACACCUGCAGCACAGUUUAAUCCAUCUGCCCUUAUGUGAGCAGAAGACAAAAGGCUGACGAUAUAAUUCCAUGCAGUAUUUCUUUAGCAGUCGAGCGCAGGGAUUUGAUUCAGGGCCCCUAUGCAUGCUCAUUAAGUCGACUGUCAGCAGGGAGGAGACGUGAAACUCACAGUGAAGAGAACACGGGCUUAAGUGCUAUGUCCAGCUGUUUUGUGUAAGUCAUCACAAGGCUCAUUAGCAUACUGCUAUAUAGGCGCCCCCUGGGGGCAUGGAGGUUAAGUGUGUUACCCAGGACUGGUGGUGUCUGCAAUGCUGGAGCUAACAGCCUUACUGUUUACAGCCUGGCCAACAACCAGUGUGGGGGAAAAAAUCAAUAGUAAGCAGUUAUGUAAAUAAAAAAGGCAACAGUGAACUGUUUUCCUGUAGAAUG